AUGGGUCAGAUAGCACAACAACUCACAAAUCAAGCUCAAGGCACCCUUCCGAGUGCAAUAGUACAAAAUCUGAGACAUCAUGAGAAUGUUAAUGCUGACAUAACAAGAAGUGAUAAAGUUGCUAAAGAUGAAGAAGAAAGGACAACAAAUCAUAACCAUGUCAUAGAGGUAGAUUUAGAAGUGAGGGAUAAUAAAAAAGAACCAGAAGAAGUUAUGCCACUAGUAAAGCCAACAGAAGAGAAAAAUAAAAAAGACGCUAAACCGGUUAUUAAGUUACCUUACCCUCAGAGAGUGACAAAGAAGGAUUCAAAAGAGAAAGACUUUGAGAAAUUAUUCACAAUGUUCAAAAAGUUAGAGAUCAAUAUGCCUUUCUUUGAAGCACUCGAGCAAAUGCUCAUGCAUAAAAAAUUCAUGAAAGAGGUAAUUGCUGAAAAGAGACCAAUAGGAGAGGGGUCGGUAGCCUUGAAUGAAAAGUGUAGUGCAAUAUCACUAGGUGGGAGAAUCCCAAACAAGGAAAAGGAUCCAGGAGCGAUCACGGUCCCAUGUACUAUAAAAGAUAGAACUUUCAAGAAGGUACUAAUUGAUUCUGAAGCCAAUGUGAGUCUGAUGCCAUUGUCAGUCUACCAAAGGCUUGGUAUUGGAAAUGUCAAUGGCACAAGGACAAAUCUGAAGUUUAUAUAUAACUCCAUAAAGAAUGCAUGUGGGAUAGCAGAAGACGUACUGGUGAAAAUAGAGAAAUUUAGUUUUCUUGUUGAUUUUGUGAUCAUAGACAUAUCGGAGGAUGAAGAGAGACCUACCAUUCUUGGUCGACCAUUCACGCGGACAAGUCGAUGCAAUUUCGACAUAGACCAUGAUACACUAACUUUAAAAGUUUAUGAUGAUGAAAUAACCUUGAAUGUUCUUGAAAAUAGGAAGCUAGAGGUGGAAAAAGAACAUCACUAUCAAGUAGGCAUGAUCGGGACAGGCGUGAAAGGCCAAAGUGACAUGCCAACAUCAUGA